UUUUGACAUCUCGUGCGUAAGUGGAUCCAAAGUCAAGACCAUUCCAAGCCGGACCCACCGCUUAUCAGCCGUUGGCUAGUGACGAAGGCAGGCAGGUUAUCGGCGGGUUUAACUAACAUUGUGCCCCAGUGAUUCAAUUCAAUCGAAAGUAUUAUACGUGGUCGGUCGAGUGCUGAUUAUUUCGAAUAUUAGUCGUGUGGGGAAGUGUCGAAUUUCUCGCGCUCACAGAAGGUUUCUUUGUUGCCGUCAAUCGGGACUGUCAUCAGUCAACAAUUGUGCCUCGCACCGAUCGCAUCCACAGAGCUAGGCCCUAUAUCUAUCCAAAUUCAUUGUGUAUUUAGUUGAGCCGUAAAAUGUCGGCAAAAUUGCUAAUCGUUACCCUGAGUCUGUGCCUAAUGCAGUCGGGAAUCGUUGAGGGUAUAUCUCUGACGUUCGGAAACCUCACGCUCUUCAACGUGAACUUCAAGACGCCGACCUUUUUGGGUCGGUCAGUAGCAGUGGACAGCAACCUGAGGAUCGAGACCGAUGUGGAUCCCAACAUACAGGAGGAUUCCCAUUUGAACACAUACAGUCUUAUAAAUAAAUAUGGCUACCCGGCGGAGAAUCACACCGUGGAGACCGAUGACGGAUAUAUACUCACGCUGCACAGGAUCGCUCGACCGGGAGCCACUCCCGUGCUUCUGGUGCAUGGACUGCUGGAUAGCUCAGCCACUUGGGUGAUGAUGGGCCCGAACAAGGGACUUGGUUACCUGCUCUACGAUCAGGGGUACGACGUCUGGAUGGCCAAUGUUCGGGGCAAUACGUACUCGCGGAAGCACGUGAAGUACAGCACCCACCAUGCCAAGUUCUGGGACUUUACGUUCCAUGAGAUGGGGAAGCACGAUAUCCCCAGCACGAUCGACUACAUACUAAACUCGACGGGAGUCAGUCAGCUGCACUACAUCGGCCACUCGCAGGGAACGGUUGUGUUCUGGAUUAUGGCCAGCGAAAGACCCGAAUAUAUGGACAAGAUCGUCCUGAUGCAGGGCCUGGCCCCAGUGGCUUUUCUAAAGCACUGCCGGAGUCCAGUGGUCAACUUCCUGGCCGAGUGGCACUUAUCGGUGAGCUUGGUGCUCAAGUUGAUUGGAGUCCACGAGUUCCUGCCCAAGAACGAGUUCAUCAGCAUGUUCAACCGGAUCAUUUGCGACGAGACGACCAUUACAAAGGAGAUCUGCUCGAACGUGAUCUUCCUGACCACCGGAUUCGACAAGCUGCAGUUGAACGAGACAAUGCUUCCGGUGAUCGUGGGUCAUUCGCCGGCCGGAGCCUCCACCAAGCAGAUGCAGCACUUCGGGCAGCUCAAUCGCUCGGGAGCUUUCCGGCAGUACGACUACGGAUGGCUGAGGAACCACUGGCGUUAUGGGACCAUCGAACCGCCGUCUUACCAUCUGGAGAAUGUCCGGGCCAAGGUGGCCCUUUAUUAUGGCCAGAACGACUGGUUGGCCCCGCCGGAGGAUGUGGAAAUGCUGCACAGGCAACUGCCAAAUGUGGUGGAAAAGUAUCUGGUGGAGGACAAGGAAUUCAACCACUUAGAUUUCAUCUGGGGCAUCGAUGCCAGGGAAUUGCUGUGGGACAGAAUGCUGGAAAACAUGAGAAAUCAUGAGAAUUCAGUUAUCUAAGCGGGUAGAAUAUGGUUAUAAUUUAAUUAUUCACAGUAUAUUAUAUUUUACGGCUAUUCAUAGAUUAAUUUAUUAUUUAAUAUAAAAUUAACCUA